GGCAAGCCGGGCACGGCGAGUACCUGAGUCAAACACUGCUGCAGGUACACAUGUUGGUUGAUGGCUUGCGGAUGGCGUCACCAAUGAAGGAAAGUGGACUGAAGCAGGAUACAUUGUUGGAUACGGCAGGAGGCAGGAGGUCAGGAACAAACGCUCCAACACCCCUUCUUCUUCUUUGUGUGUUAUUCCCUCCCCCAUCCUCAGGUACAAUAGAUGUGAAAGGGAAGGGAUGGCCGGGACAGGUUUAACAAAACUCAUCAUGAGCCUCGUCCCUCUCCUUUGAUGAGCUCUAACAAUCAUGCCUGCUCUCCAAUAUAGACUUCAGUCAUGAAGAUGGAGAUAGAUCCCGGCAUGGUCUACCAUACAGUACAUCACCUACCUACCCCAUUCACAUAUUCUCUUCCUUUUGCGCCCCCAGUCACUAACCACCCCAUAGCACACCCUUCCCAACAUGAUGUCAACGACCAUCACGACCCCGAGUCGGCUCUACCUCUAUUACCAACCCCCAAGGAAACCGAAUCCAUCUCCUGGACCGACCUCCCCAACAAAAGCCAGCUCCUCAUCCUCUCCCUCUGCCGCUUCUCCGAUUCUCUAUCCAACCUCUUUCUCCUCCCUUACCUCUUUCGCCUCGUCCACUCCGCCGUCUCCCCAUCCAGUACUCCCAGCUUAGCCGCGGGAAACGAUGACAUAGUAACUUACUACACUGCCAUCCCCACCACGGCCCUGGUGUCGACUUACUCCGGCAUCUUAGUGGCUGGUUUUCCGUUGGCUCAACUACUUGCUUCAUUUCUUCCCUGGAAGAGACAUGGGGGAGAACUACCCGUCAUAUGGAGUCUAGCCAUCUCGGCAGUUGCAAGCCUGGCGUUUGGGCUUAGUCGAUCGUUUUGGGCUUUGUUGUUUUGGAGAAUGGUGAUGGGACUGGCGAGUGGGAAUGAAGGCAUGCUGAGGAGUAUGGCGGAUAAAUUUGCUAGCAGGAAGACGAAGUACCGAGACAAGGCACACCGAGUAUUGUCAAUGGUGAGCAGCCUAGGAAUGGUGGCUGGGCUGGCGAUGGGUGGGCUUUUGGCCGAGCCGGUGAAGGCAUUUCCGGGGUUUUUUGGUGCAGAAGGGACGUUUAACUGGAAUGGGAGUGAGGAGGGAGUGAGGUGGAUGGUUCAAUACCCAUUUGCGUUGCCCUCGGUGGUGAACGCCCUGUUGAUUGGGGUAGUGACGGCGGUAACUACAGGAUGGUUGAGGGAGACGAUGCCUGAGCAAGACCAGGUCGAAGAUGGCACUGAGCAUUUUCCACAGACACCAUACAUCCUUCUCAGCAACACUUCUACAAUUCUCUCCUUCCACCGCACUGAAAAGCCCACACCCAUAUCUUCCAUUCUCUCCGCCCUCACAGCCCGUACUCUCCCACCCUUGAUCUCCUCCUUCCUACUAACCCUCCACACCUCCGCCUUCACUUUCAUUCUCCCCCUCCACAUCUCCACCCCUUCUUCACCUUACAGUCCCCUCUUGUCGAACUCCUUCCACUCCCUAGUGCCCACCCUCUUCCGCUUCACUGGGGGACUUUCCCUCCCACCCCUGGUGAUCUCUCUCUACCUCUCCCUCUUUGGGUAUCUCGGCCUCCUUUUUCGAGGGUUCAUCUACCCCCGGUGGCAGAACCGGCUCAACACUGUGGGCUUGUUCGAGCUCUCGCUGGCCAUCUUUCCUUUUGUGUACUUGGUAACUCCUUACCUUUCUUUGUUCUCUUGGGGUCACCAGGAUACCACAGAAGGGUGCGCCGAGAUCAUGAAGUGGAUUGCUUUGGGGGUGGUAAUAGGGGGACAGACGCUGGCAAUGACGAUGGCGGUGCCUAGUGCUGAGAUUCUGCUUGCUGGGUCGGCAUCGUCGGAGGAGGGGGUGCAGGAGAAGGUACAGGUGGUGGGAAAUAUGGUGACGAGCCUGGCGAGCGUGGUUGGGCCGGUUGUUGGAGGAGUGGUGUAUGCGAAAGGGGUGCGAGAGGGAGUAGUAGGUGCUGCUUGGUGGUUUUAUCUGGCCGUUGUGGCGAUUGCGGCGGCGGUGUGGUGUAUAUGCUUUCAAGGGAGAGUGUAUGAGGAGCCCGUGGAUGAUGAAAAGAGGUAGAUAUCGGUGACUUUGGAUGUGUGAAAGCAUUGAAUAGGGGUUUAUGGCUGGGAUUUGGUUCACUUCUAACUCAUGGAUGAGUCCAGCUUUCAUUCUGAUAUAUAACGAAAACUAGCAGUAUACGACUCGGGAACGUGUGUAGGA